ACCCUCCAAUUUUUGUUGAAAAUUAGUUUAGAUGGCAUGGCUCUUGUGUCUCCUGGGGCUGCUGUGUGCGGCAGCAGGCCGUGCUCACGGUGGCAACGUAACCUAUGAUGGAAGAUCUCUCAUCAUCGAAGGUCAACACCGGAUUCUCUUCUCCGGUUCAAUUCACUAUCCUCGUAGCACUCCGGAGAUGUGGCCAUCUUUGAUAGCCAAGGCAAAAGCAGGAGGACUUGAUGUGAUAGAAACCCUUGUGUUUUGGAACCUUCAUGAGCCCCAACCAGGACAGUUUGAUUUCAGUGGAAGACGGGAUAUAAUAAGGUUCAUUAAGGAGAUUCAAGCUCAGGGUCUAUAUGCAUGCCUUAGGAUUGGACCUUUCAUUCAGGGUGAAUGGACUUAUGGGGGUCUGCCAUUCUGGUUGCAUGAUGUUCCAGGAAUUGUUUAUCGAUCCAAUAACAAACCCUUUAAGCAUCAUAUGCAAAAGUUUGUGACAAAAAUAGUGAACAUGAUGAAGGCAGAAAAGUUAUAUGCUUCACAAGGAGGGCCGAUUAUACUGUCACAGAUUGAGAAUGAGUAUGGAACAGUGCAAGCAGCAUUUAAAGAGGAUGGGACUUCUUACUUAAAUUGGGCUGCACAAAUGGCUGUGGGGCUUGGAACUGGUGUACCAUGGGUCAUGUGCAAGCAAGAUAAUGCUCCUGAUCCUGUGAUAAAUUCAUGUAAUGGGAGGCGAUGUGGAGAGACGUUUAAAGGACCAAACUCACCAAAUAAGCCAGCAAUAUGGACAGAGAAUUGGACAAGCUUUUAUGAACUAUUUGGAGAGGAACCGGUAAUCAGAUCCGCAGAAGACAUAGCAUUUCAUGUUGCACUGUUCAUUGCAAAGAGAGGAAGCUAUGUCAAUUAUUAUAUGUAUCAUGGAGGAACAAAUUUUGGAAGAACAGCAUCUGACUAUAAACUUACAAGUUACUAUGAUCAAGCUCCACUUGAUGAGUAUGGUCUGUUUAGGCAACCUAAGUGGGGUCAUCUUAAAGAGUUACAUGCUGCAAUUAAAUUAAGCUCAAAGCCUCUGCUGUCUGGAGUGUAUACCAAUGAGUCCUUGGGUGGAUCACAACAUGCCUUUGUAUACAGAGGAAGUUCAAAUAAAUGUGCCGCUUUUCUGCUUAACAAUCACUUGACAAAUGCUGUUAAUGUUAGCUUUAUGGGUUCUUCUUAUGAAUUGCCUCCAAGGUCAAUCAGCAUCCUACCAGAUUGCAAGACUGUUGUCUUCAACACUGCAAAGGUAAGCACACAAUAUGGUACAAGAGGAAUGGUAACAAGUCAGAAGCUUGAUUCAAUUGGAAAAUGGGAAGAAUUUAGUGAAUCUAUCCCCGAUUUUGACAACACUUCAUUAAGAGCAAACAUGUUAUUAGAGCAAAUGAAUGUAACUAAGGACACAUCAGAUUAUCUCUGGUAUACGUUCAGGUUUGAGGAUGAUUCUAAUUCCCAUGUUCAACAAGUACUUAAAGUAAACUCCCUUGCUCAUGUAUUACAUGCAUUCGUAAAUGGGGCAUUUGUAGGUUCUGCUCAUGGAAGUCAUGAGAAGGGUUUCAGCCUUGAGAAAGCUAUCACUUUGGUCAAUGGAACCAACCAUGUCUCCUUACUUAGUGUAAUGGUUGGAUUACCGGAUAGUGGAGCAUUUCUUGAGAGAAGGGUGGCUGGAUUAAGACGUGUGAUGAUUCAGAGUGAGCAAGAAGUAAAAGACUUCACCAGUCAUUUAUGGGGAUAUCAGGUUGGACUGUUGGGUGAGAAGUUAGAGAUUUACACAGAUUCUGGAUCAAAUAAAGUUCAAUGGAAUGCUUAUGGAAGCUCCACUCAUAAAAAGCUUACCUGGUACAAGACCCUGUUUGAUGCUCCGGAUGGAAAAGAUGCUGUGGCACUAAACUUUGAGUCAAUGGGAAAGGGCGAAAUCUGGGUCAAUGGACAGAGUAUUGGUCGAUAUUGGGUCUCAUACCUUACCCCAAAAGGCACUCCUUCACAAACCUGGUACCAUGUUCCUCGAGCCUUCCUCAAGCCAGCUGAUAACCUAUUGGUCAUACUAGAAGAAGAAGAUGGAUACCCUCUGGGGAUCUCCAUUGACACAGUAUCAAUAAACAAAGUAUGUAGUCAUGUGUCUGAUUCACAUCUCCCACCGGUGAGUACUUAUCAAAAACAGCGUGGAAGGAGGCCUAAACUCCUGCUUGGAUGUUCACCGGGUAGGAACAUCUCAAGGAUCUUGUUUGCAAGCUUUGGAACUCCUUCUGGUGAUUGUCAAAGUUAUUAUGCCAGCAACACAAGUUGUCACUCGCCCAAAUCCUUAGCCAUUGUAGAGAAGGCCUGUGUGGGAAAGGGCAUGUGCUCUAUACCCGUAUGGAGCAAGAAAUUUGGGGGUGACCCAUGUGCUGGCACGCCUAAGUCUCUUUUGGUUGUUGCAGAGUGUAGAUGACAAAGAAAAAUAUCACUUUUUUUUCUACAAAGGGGUUAAGAAAAAUUAAGAUUUCAAAGACUAAUUGUAAAAUUAUUCAUAUUCAUUUCUUGAUGACAUUUUGAUUUUGAUUUUUCUCUUUCUAGAGAGAAAUACAUAUUUAUUCUUCCAUUCUUGUAAUAGUGAAUAAGUUUAAAUUUCAAAU